GUGACGUAAUUCUACUGCGACAGAAGUGCUGCUUCGCAGUCUUGUUUACAUCAGAGCAGGGUUUUGUGAAGAUGACGGACCAGAAAGCAGAGAAUAUUAGCUCUGUCCCCAUUGAUGGAUUCAGCAAUUUAAGAAUUACAUCGAUAUGGACGUUUUUCAUGUCUGUGCAGUGGUCGGAGCCUUGGCUCAUCGGACUGUUGGUGUUUCAUGUUGUGUGUUUGUGCCUGACUGUGGUGACAUGCAGUUAUUACCGAGCUCAGAUAUGUCACUUUCUGCUCAUGGUUGGCCUGGUGUACAGUGCUGAAUAUCUGAAUGAGCUGGCAGCCAUGAACUGGAAGUCCUUUUCUAAUUUCCAGUACUUUGAUUCCAAGGGCAUGUUCAUAUCUUUGAUCUACUCUAUUCCUCUUCUGCUGAAUACAGUCAUCAUUGUGAUGGUGUGGGUGUACAGGACCUUUUCCACUAUGACUGAGCUGAAGACACUUCAGCUCAAGCGAAAGGCCCGCAGAGAGAAGAGAGAGAAGAAUGACUGAUCCGUCUCUGCUUAUGUCCAAAAAUGGGCUUCAUUAGGAGGAAUUAAGAAUCAGUGUCUCUGCUGUGCUAAUCCUGAAUUUUGGAGAAGGAAGGCAGAUUCCUUCUUGUGACUGUAAAAGGAUUGUUCGUUGAUGUCGGUCAGGACUGGGUGUCUGUUUCUGGUAACAGCUGUUGAAAGAUGCUGCUGAAUGUACUGUACACUGAGAUUUACGAGGACCAAAGGACAUUUGCAGUUUUGUAUUUAAUGUUGUUUUAAAGUGUGUUAAAAUGCACAAAGAAAGAUAAAGUGUUUUUGAACGAC